GGAAAAUACGUCUCCCUAAGCCAUAUCUGAACUAAGCAUCUAAUAUUACAGAAAUAGGUAACUGGUUUGGUGGAUGGGGGAAUGUUGUGUACCUGGACUUCAGCAAGGAUUUUGACCCAGUUCCACAUGACAUUCUGGAGAAUUGAUUAAGUCUCGCCCAGUUUACGACGUGACCCUGAACAGACAGCCAUCUCCACCAUGAAGCUGACAGUUGUCUUCACGCUUGUCACCCUGGCGCUUUGCUGCUACUCAGCUUCUGCUAUCACAGGCAUGGAUGACAAUCCUCUGCCAGGCGUCGGGACAACUCUUGUGCCAGGCCCUGUGUCAGACCUUGUGUCAGACGUCGUGCCAACUAUUGUGUCAGACGUCGUGCCAACUAUUGUGUCAGCGUCUGUGUCAGACCUUGUGUCAGACGUCGUGCCAACUAUUGUGUCAGACGUCGUGCCAACUAUUGUGUCAGCAUCUGUGUCAGACCUUGUGUCAGACGUCGUGCCAACUAUUGUGUCAGACGUCGUGCCAACUAUUGUGUCAGCAUCUGUGUCAGACCUUGUGUCAGACGUCGUGCCAACUAUUGUGUCAGACGUCGUGCCAACUAUUGUGUCAGCGUCUGUGUCAGACCUUGUGUCAGACGUCAUGCCAACUAUUGUGUCAGACGUCGUGCCAACUAUUGUGUCAGCGUCUGUGUCAGACCUUGUGUCAGACGUCGUGCCAACUAUUGUGUCAGACGUCGUGCCAACUAUUGUGUCAGCGUCUGUGUCAGACCUUGUGUCAGACGUCAGGACAACUCUUGGGCCAACUGUUGUGUCGGAGCUGGUGCCAACACUUAGACCAAACCUUGUUUCUGUUCCUGUCAAGAUCCUGAAAGACCUGCUUGAAGGGAUGCGGGGCUGUGUGAAGAAGUUCACCCCCAAGGCGCUCUCUGCGCUUAAGAAACUGCAGCGUAUAUUGAAGAUCCAGCAAAAACAUUCCUGGAGAAAGCCGGGCAAGCAUCACGGAUGAAUGAAUACCAGACACCUCCUUCGUCUUUCUCGUUAAAUUCAGCUUUUCUCUUAUCUCUGCAUGCAGCCAAGCUCCCUGUGCUCUCACCUCCCUGGGAGGGCUCAGCAUCGCUCCAAUCAUUGGUUUCAAUAAACUACCUGCAAUGCA